CAAUGUUUGUCAACAUGGAGGAAAUUGAGCAUCGGCUGAGAAAACAGUCAUGUCCUAAGUACCACAUCGAUCGAAGCGAGAUUUCGAGACACACAAAGGUUUUGUAAACUCACACGAGUUAAUUAGUCCAUGGAGUUUUACGUGGAGUACUACAGCCCCGAAGGAAACUGGGAAAAUGGCAAAACGAAACUAUCUGUCCCUGCUCUAAAUACCACAACCAUUGAAGAUGUGAAAUAUAUGUUACAAGUGCGUAUUCAGGUGCCGGUGUGCGACCAGCGAUUGUUCUAUCAAGGAAGAGCACUGACAGACGAUCGAAUGACUCUCAGUCGACUGUAUUUUCGGGAAGGUGACACUUUACACCUGCAAUUCACUGCUGUGGCAGAUAUACAAGGAAUGAUUGAACUUCUGGAUGUACUGAAGAAAUGUGCUCGAGAAAUCGAGGAAAAGCCGGGAAACAAGCUUCCUGAUCUCAAUGAAGAUUCUCCUGACGUGUGGCAGUUUUAUGACCGGCUCCUUUACACUGUAGAAGAACUUGGUUCAUUUUUCUUUCCAUGGAAAUGUCCACGAACUGUUGCUCAAAGGCAUUUCUUCGUUCAGGAGCGAGGAUUUGACGCAUUCUUGGAAGUGUUUAAAUUUUCCAGGCAGCUUUUCUUGACCGAACAACAAGAGAGGGACCUAAUUUUAAAUGAAAAUUUGCAAGAAGCAGCCACACCUCAAUUUCCACUCGAAUGCCUCUUUAAUCAGAGACAACUUUUUCUCCAAAUGUGUUGUCUCUGCUCUUUGUGGAAUUUUGGUGAGACAAUUGAAGAUCGCAGGUUUCUUUUGUCAAAGGAUAUUUUCCCCCUAAGUGUUGAUGCUCUUUUACUUCAAACUGUUCCCCUCAAGGAAACUAGCCAUAUUGACAUGUCCAGCAUGGUGGUUAAUGUAAAUGAAACUGCAAUUGGGUGCUUUGCAGGAUUGGUAGAGUGUGAUUCCAACAUUCAAGAGAAAGUGUCUAAUAUGCCAGCUGUGGUUAACAAGCUACUUUUUAUGAUAGACAGAUAUCAAUCAGAGCCUGCUGGAUAUUCACUGUUUUCAAGUCAGGUUGCUUCCAAUGCAUUGUUUUACUGCACAUUUAAUGUCAAAUCUGCCCAGUCUUUGGUAAAUUGUGGAGCAGUGGAAAAACUGCUUCAUAUUACAAAAGCGUUUCUUAAUGAUAAAGAUGGCAAUACACCUUUAAGGUAUUACUGUUGUCUCUCCUUGGCAAGAAUGUGCUCAGCUCCUCUAGUCAAGCUGGAUAUAGAUACUUGUAAGGCUAUACAUGAACUUAUUGAUCUGUUCCUAGACAGUCAUGUUCCUAAUGAAAUCUCAGAAUGGGAGGAGAAAAGUUCUUAUGUGUGGAUGACAAUGGUGCCACUAGUUCAUCUGGCUUUUGCUGGAAGGAUUGAGAAUAACAGGCAAAGAUCUUCAUCAACACAAAAACUUGGAAUCUUCUCCCUAGUGCACAUGUUGUCAAUUGAGGAGAAUCAGCAAUUGGCACUUUCAGAGAAUCUCUUUCCCUACCUGGUUUGCUUGUCUUGGCAUCUACCGUGUGAUGGGAAGGAAAAACUAAGGACAGUUCUCGCAAACAAUGUUUUCACACCUCCUUCUUUGAAAGUUGCAGCCAAAUCUGUGCUCGCUCUCACGAGAGGUUUAGACAUGGUGUUCAAUUUGUAGAUGGUUAAGUUGCAAACUGACGUACAGACUUGGAAGGAAACAGAAGAAAAUAGAAAGGAAGUGUUGCUCUCAUCAAAAACAUCUCCCGCUGACACUGUUAAAGUGAAUGAUUCCCAAAGUAGUUUCAAAUCUCUUUUAACAAAAACUCGUGCAGCUGAAGGUCAGCUUGUGGUACAAAAUGUUGUCUUGAUUUUCUCAAGCACCGCAUACAAUGCAUCUGGAACUAAUCAAAUUUGUAGACAGUUAAGUAGCAAACUGAUAAGAAGACUUGUAAGGAAACAGAAGGAAACUGAAAGAAAGUGUUGCUGUUAUUAAAAUCAUAGUCAUGACGACCAAUUACGCUGAAUGAAAGUUAAUGGAAAUUUUUAGGUAAAAACAAGUAAACUGCCCGAAGUGUGGACAAACACGGUAAUGCUAGGUCAUGGUUGGUUUUAAUUUUGCUUCUGAUUGGUGGAGGGGGCAAGGAGACUUCGGGAGACCAAUCACAAAGAGAAGUAAAGCAAUAACCGAUGUAGUCCUUUUCUAAACUUAAUUGUAUAUUCGAAUUCUCAAGCCAGAGUUUUCGUUCGACAAUAUUCCUUGUAAAAGGCACCUUAGGGGGUGGUGUAAAUAAGCGGAUAAGCGAUAAUGCGCGUUUUGUUCUCCCCACAUCUGUAAUGAUUUUCAAAUUGAGAAUAAAGCGCACAGGAAAUCAGCCGAGAAACCUCUGCAUUACACGGAAUUUUGUUUCACACAUUAUAGUACAAAAACCAUUUCUCGAUUCGCUCUGUUGUUCCACAGUGCAAUAUACACAUAUGUAAAAUUU